CGGUGGACCGGCGCUUCCGGUGCAUGACGAGCUAGCGGAAGGUGAAAGUGUUCGUGUUCGAGUCCGUGUUUGAAUGUCUCGCGUCGUGGGGCCGUUCCACUGAGACACGUGAGCAGAGGUCGAGUCUCCGGAGCCGGACACGAUGCUUCGCUCUCACUUCACCCGCAGCGGGAAACUGUUCGUUCUAAUCAAGCUACUGUGCUAACGUUAGCAUCGAGCUAACCGGCUAGCCCGUUCAGCUGGUGCUCAGCGUCCGGAGACCGAACCUCAGGACCCGGACUCAGCGCCGCAGGUCCCCCCUCCACCCGCCGGCUCCUCAGCGUCUCUCUCGCGGCUGUCUGGGCAGCACAUCCCCGUUUCAUGUGAGCCCGGGUCGGUGUCGACAGUUUAAUGGGAGGCGGGUUGUUUUGGAGGAGUGGACACAGCGGCCGUCAGCUGCGAGGACAGCGGGGGUCCGGGCCCCCUGCCCCGCUCACAUGGAGUCUCUGGCCGAUUACGUGUACAAGGCAGCCAGCGAGGGUCGAGUCCUGACCCUGGCCGCGCUGCUGCUCAACCACUCCGAGGCGGAGACCCGCUUCCUGCUCGGCUACGUGACCCAGGUGUCCGGGCAGAGAUCCACCCCCCUCAUCAUCGCGGCCCGGAACGGACACGACAAGGUGGUCCGGCUGCUCCUGGACCACUACCGGGUGGACACGGAACAGACCGGCACGGUUCGGUUCGACGGCUACGUCAUCGAUGGAGCCACCGCUCUGUGGUGUGCGUCCGGCGCCGGACACUUCGAUGUUGUGCGCUUGCUGGUGACUCACCAGGCUAACGUCAACCACACCACCAUCACUAACUCCACCCCUCUGAGGGCCGCCUGCUUCGAUGGCCGCCUGGACAUCGUGCGCUACCUGGUGGAGCACACUGCGGACAUCAGCAUCACCAACAAGUACAACAACACCUGCCUGAUGAUCGCCUCCUACAAAGGACACGCCGACGUGGUCAACUUCCUGCUGGAGCAGGGCGCCGACCCCAACGCCAAGGCGCACUGCGGCGCCACCGCCCUGCACUUCGCAGCGGAGGCGGGACACUUGGACAUCGUGAAGGAGCUGGUUCGAUGCCAGGCGGCCAUGGUGGUGAACGGACAUGGCAUGACGCCGCUGAAGGUCGCCGCGGAAAGCUGCAAAGCCGACGUGGUGGAGCUGCUGCUGGCGCACGCCGACUGUGACCCCCCCAGCCGCAUCGAGGCCCUGGAGCUGCUGGGCGCCUCCUUCGCCAACGACAGGGAGAACUACGACAUCCAGAAGACGUACCACUACCUGCACGCCGCCAUGACGCGGCGGUACCACGACCCAGAAGACGUCAUCGCCAAAGAGCUGCUGCCGCCCAUCGAGGCCUACGGGGGGCGGAGCGAGUGCCAGACGCCACGAGACCUGGAGACCAUCCGGGCGGACCGGGACGCCCUGCACAUGGAGGGGCUGAUGAUCCGGGAGCGAAUCCUGGGCUCGGACAACAUCGACGUGUCCCACCCGAUCAUCUACCGCGGCGCUGUGUACGCCGACAACAUGGAGUUCGACCAGUGCAUCAAACUGUGGCUUCACGCGCUGCGCCUGCGGCAGAAAGGAAACCGCAACACGCACAAGGACCUGCUGCGCUUCGCCCAGGUCUUCUCCCAGAUGGUGCACCUGAAGGAGCAGGUGUCGGCCUCGGGGGUGGAGCAGGUGCUGAGCUGCAGCGUGUUGGAGAUCCAGCGCAGCAUGAGCCGGGUGGAGGCGGCGGCCGAGUCGGAGCUGCCUCAGGCCCUGGACAACUACGAGUCCAACGUCUUCACCUUCCUGUACCUGGCGUGCAUCUCCACCAAGACCAGCUGCAGCGAGGAGGAGCGCGCCCUCGUCAACAAGCACGUCUACAACCUGAUCCAGCUGGACCCGCGCUCCCGGGAGGGCUCCUCGCUGCUGCACCUCGCCAUCAGCUCCACCACGCCCGUGGACGACUUCCACACCAACGACGUCUGCAGCUUCCCCAACGCCCAGGUCACCAAGCUGCUGCUGGACUGCGGCGCGCCGGUCAACGCCAUCGACCACGAGGGCAACACCCCGCUCCACGUUAUCGUCCAGUACAACCGGCCAAUCAGCGACUUCCUCACGCUUCACGCCAUCAUCAUCAACCUGGUGGAGGCGGGCGCCCACACAGACAUGACCAACAAGCAGAAGAAGACGCCGCUGGACAAGAGCACCACGGGCGUCUCGGAGAUCCUGCUGAAGACGCAGAUGAAGAUGAGCCUGAAGUGCCUGGCGGCGCGCGCCGUGCGGCGGCACCACAUCACGUACCGCAACCAGAUCCCCAAGACGCUGGAGGAGUUCGUGGAGUUCCACUGAACCCAGCAGACGCUCUGUGCUUUUUAAAGAGUUUAUAAUUUUCUAACGAAUCCAAACGGUGCUGAGGACGAUGGCUCAGUGCUAAACGACUUUGAGCAUUUUUAUAAAUUAAAAAAGUAGUUUUUUCUAUUUUAAGUAUUAAUUGCUAAAUACCAGCAGCCACAGUUUGUCCCGCCUGCGGCUCGGCGGCGCUCUGAAGGAUCAGACCUGGGGCGGGGGGGCCGGGGACAGCGCCACGCCGGUUUUGCCUUAUUUCCGUGGCGACGCUGACUUCCGAGGAGACGACCUCAGCGGCUUCCUGUCGCCUGAUUGAUUUUAAUAUGAAGAGUUUUGUCACGUGGAUUAAACUGAUCAGGUUUUUACUUCGUCAUACUUUAAACGGUUGUUUUAAAGGGUUGGUAAACAGAUUUGUCUUUCUUGGUUUGUUUAAAUUAUCUAUGUGGCCUAAAGUAUGUGUACCCCCCCCAGGCUCAGGGCGGUCUGGAUUCAAAUCAUCUGCAAAUAUCUGACGUGUUGUUAAUCAUCAUGUGACCUGUUGGACCAGUUUAAACUGGUUUUGUUCUCAAAGCCAGUGAAAGCUUCUGUCCUGUGACUUCAAGGUUAAAUCUCUGGUUUGAAGAAACUGGAUUUCAAACCCAUGGUGAAGUGUUUUUUCUCGGGGCUCAUGUCCACAUACUUUUGGCCAUAACGUAUACGAUUCCCAGUGAUUAUAAAUUGUGCAGCAGAUCUUUCCAGAACAUUGUGCCUGUAGAUCGAAGACUUUGAAUAAAGAUGGAAGACCUGAACGCUCCUGUGGUGAUGUCUCCAAAUAACUGAUUCAAACCGGGGGGUGUGUGUCCAGUACUGCAGCCAGCCACUAGGGGCUGAUCAGGAGGAUUUGGCUUCACUUUUAGGGAGCUGUCAUGUCGUCCAUCUUUAUUUAGUCUAUUCUGAAGAUCUUUGUAAACUGAGGGAUGUUUUUAUUUUUUAAUUUAUCGUUGAAGUCGUAGAAGUCACUUGGUUUACAUGUCCCUGUUCUGCUGGAGCUUCAUCCUCAGCUUGCCUCGCUUCACCUUUUCUGUAAAUCAAAUGUAUAGAGGUUUUUGUCUGGGUCAUGGUCCUGGUCCCUCAUGGUCCUGGUCCCUCAGGGUCCUGGUCCCUCAGGGUUCUGGUCCCUCUGGGUCCUGGUCCCUCAGGGUGCUGUUCCCUCAGUGUCCUGAACCCUCUGGGUCCUGGUCCCUCAGUGUCCUGAACCCUCAGUGUCCUGGUCCCUCAGUGUCCUGGUCCCUCAGGGUCCUGGUCCCUCAGUGUCCUGGUCCCUCAGUGUCCUGGUCCCUCAGUGUCCUGAACCCUCAGGGUCCUGGUCCCUCAGUGUCCUGGUCCGCUGCCUAAGCUCUUUGUGUCUGCGUGUCUAAAACCUGAGAUCGAUGCUUGAUAAUAAUUUCGGAACCCGUCUUUGCUUCAGAUGCUGAUCCAGGAGCUGCUGUUGUUUCUGUGAAUGAGUCUCGGGACAUAAAGCAUGAGUUCCACUAUCAA